CGUGCACAUGCGCAGUAAGGCUUCAGCUGUCGGAGUUGGAAGGAGCGCGGCCGGUUCGGAGGCCGGGCGGCUGGUUCCGCUGGCAGCUUCCUCCCCUCCCCCCGUACUGGGGAGGCCGCGGAGCCCCAUGGCCGCCGUGUUCCUGGUGACGCUCUACGAAUACUCCCCGCUCUUCUACAUCGCUGUGGUGUUUGUCUGUUUCCUGGUUACCAGCGGCCUGGUGCUGGGCUGGUUUGGUCGGGAUGUUCCUGUGAUCCUGCGAAAUUCAGAAGAAAUAGAAUCCAGCGUAAGAGUAUCCAAAAAGCAGAUGAGACAAGUGAAGAAUCCUUUUGGCUUAGAAAUUCCGCAUCCUGCUGCAGUUUCCAUAACAAGGGGCAUAACACUGACACCUGAUUGUCUGGAAGACUGUAUCCUUACAUGCUACUGGGGGUGCAGUGUUCAAAAACUACACGAAGCUUUGCAGAAACACGUCUAUUGCUUCAGAAUAAAGACUCCACAGGCACUAGAAGAUGCUCUCUACGGCGAAUACGUGUAUCGACAGCAGUAUUUCAUUAAAAAAACUGACACGAAAGAAAAAUACUGUCAGUUGCCAGAAGAUGCUCAAAUUGCAGGCUUUGGCCCAGUGCCUAGAUCUCGUUACCCACUGGUAGCUUUGUUGACUUUAGCUGACGAAGACGACAGAGAAAUAUACGACAUUAUUUCAAUGGUAUCCGUAAUUCAUAUUCCCGAUGAGAGUUACAGACUUUCCUGCAGAAUAUUAUAUCAGUAUCUGCUUCUGGCCCAAGGUCAAUUUCAUGACCUUAAGCAACUCUUCAUGUCUGCAAGCAACAGUGUCCCACCCUUGAGCAAUGCCUCUGGAGAGAGCAGCACUGACAAAAGCUUGCUGGAAAAGGUUGGACUGGCCGAAGUUGAAUCAGACUUACAUGAUGAAAACAGUAAAGACUGUGUCGUCUGCCAAAAUGGAACAGUGAACUGGGUCCUCCUGCCCUGCAGGCAUACGUGUCUGUGUGAUGGGUGUGUGAAAUAUUUUCAACAGUGUCCAAUGUGUAGGCAGUUUGUUCAAGAAUCUUUUCCACUUUGCAGUAAAAAGGAGCAAGAUCAAGAUGAACCUGAACACAUUUUCCAGGAUGCUCCCCACAGAGCAGACUUUUAGUGGAAAGCCAAGAAUUAUCAAGUUGUACUCUCAAAUGCGUGAUGUAAAACCUAAAGCAUUUUCUGUCCAUGGGAGGAUCUGCAGUGUAACUUUAUGGUUUUGCUGUUAGGUACUAGACCAAUUUAAGCAUACUUUUCAUGUCCACACUGCAUACAGUUACUGGAAUGCUGCAUAUGCACUGGUAAUAUGGACAGAAGAAGUGUGUAGGAGUAUGAAGAAUGAGUUUUUUGAUAACUGUCCACUGGAUGUUCGUGAAGUAUUAGAGAUUACUUUGACAAGUAGAUUUAGGUGAGCUAAACAUUAAAAAGAAAAGAACAAAGGCUUACAUACAACUGAAAUUGAAAAGUACUUUUCCUAUAUGUAUAGGUUUUUAAAUGUGAAGUUAGAAAAAAAAUAUAAUUGUAAUCCUGUAUAAUUUAGAUAUUUAGCACUUUAAAGAAUGAGAAAUGAAGGAAACCAAAUAUUUAAGAAUCUGUUCUUA